AUGCCCGACCUGUAUCAACCACCUACUGUGGCGGAUGCAAGGCGGGCGUUCUUCUCUUUACCGGACAUCUCCAAGCUGGCGAAACUCGCUGGGUCAGCUGCGGAAGCAAUGAGUUCGGGAUCCGGCGGUGGCGCAGGAGAGGUGCAGACCGACGGAGAAAGGCAGACCUACCAUGCUAGGAAGAUAUUACCAUACUCGCCGGAGCAGCUAUAUAAUCUCGUCGCCGAUAUACCCUCCUACUCAUCCUUCAUCCCCUUCUGCACUUCUUCGACGGUAUUGCAGCCACCCUCCUCAUCAUCAGCAGUGGCUAGCACGAGCUCAGCAGGUCGUACGGCGGCUGACAGCAAGUGGUCCCCACCGGCAUCGGGGAAGUCUUUCGAGGUGGAUGCGGAGCUGAAAGUGGGGUUUGGCGGAUUCGACGAGGCGUAUGUCAGCAGAGUGAAGGGGACGCCUUAUGAGAGCGUAUCUGCAAGCGCUGGGGAGGCGAAUCUCUUCCGAUCAUUGAGCACAACCUGGGCUUUCUCGCCGGCUUCAGGCCUAUCCCCACAUCCUUCAACAGCCAUACCUUCGACUACUUCCUCUUCUUCAGCCAACACCGCUCCGCGCUCCACGCAAUCACUAGAGACGCCCGACUCCUCCCGCGGUCCCACGCUCCUCACGAUCGACCUAGCGUUCGAAUUUACGAAUCCCUUGCAUCGCAUAGCGUCUCAAGCUGUGCUGCCCAAGGUAGCGGGGAAGAUGGUGGACGCUUUUGAGCAGAGAUGUGUCGAGGUGUACGGGAAGGGAAGAGAUUGA